AUGCUCUCUCUUUUAGAACUUGUCUAUGAUAAACUUACUUACACACCUACCUAUAAUAUUCUCAUCAUCGGAAUUGAAGAGAGUGGCAAGACAGAAUUGCUGCACACAAUUAAACAAAUGAACAAACAAGAAAUAUUUUCAUAUUCACCUGCCACUGUCAUGACUUGGACCCAACAUUCAUCAAUUCCACAACUUGACUCCGCAUUUCAAUUUAAUUAUUCUCAACUUUACAGUAAAUCGAAAAGAAAUCGGUUUUACAAUCCCACUAUUGGACAAAAUACGUUCAACAUUGAGUUUGCAAAGACUUGUAAUUUAAAAAUUUGGGAUAUUGGUGGAAAUUUGAAAACGAUGUGGAAUGAUUAUUACAAAUCUGCUCAUUCUAUAUUUUUCGUGGUAAAUUAUAAUAUUGAGAUUCGAUCAUCUAAACUUGACGAAGGCUCUACUAAUGGCAACAAUAGAGAACUCUCUUCAGAAGAGGCUUGUAAAUUUGAUUCACACUUAUCGUACAAUGAACAAGUCAAGUUAUCUAUUGGAUCUGUGUCUGCAAAAAUAGAUAUUUAUCAUCGAUAUACUUCGUCUUUCAAAAUACUAUCAGACAUUUUAAACGAAUACAAAGAUCUAUUCAAAGAUAUUCCAAUAUUUUUAUGCAUUAAUAGUGUUGUCACAUGUUAUGAUGAGUUUGAACAUAUGGAAAAGGAUGAUGACAAAAAAAUAAUGAUCCAUUUCAUUGAAAGAUACAAAAAUAUUGCAAUGAAUGAGUUUAACAAAGUUGCCUUUGAUGACAGCUCUUCGAAAGAGGGAACAACAAAUAUUUUAUACAACGACGAUUAUUACAAGAUUUUCAUUAAGCAUUUAAAUGUCUGUGAGCCAAAAAAGGUGUACGAGCUUUUAAAUAGCGUUGUGGAUUAUUUACAUCAGAGAAAACAGGCACGAGAGUUAUUGGACAGCGAGUUUAUAUGA